CGAUAUCUUUGCUUCUGACUAUAAUAUUGCUAUUUUUGCAUCAUGGCAAGACCACGAAGCAUGACUUUGGAGGAGAUUCACGCCUUCCUUGAUGUGGAGUCGGACUUCAACUUCGAGGAGAUUGGUGAUAGUGGUUCAGAGUCUGGCAGCGUGGACUCCAAGGUAGAGGAUGCAUUCGCGGAGGGCAUGGAUGUCCUCCUUGACUUUGCUGAACCAUCUGCCCCUCUGCCUCGCUCCCUCACCUCCAGUGACCCUUUGGAAGGGACCUCAGCUACAGCCCCACCUGUCAGGCCUCCAGCGUCUCCCCCCAUCGCCACUCCUGGUACCUCUGCCACUGGUCCCUCAGCCAGCACUAGUGCACCUCAGCAUCGUGCAAGAGGCCCAGCUCCAGCCCCAGCCUCAACUCCAUGCCCUCCUGCAGCAAGGUGUAGUGCCAGGUGUGGCAAGCGCCCAGCCCCAGCCUCAACUCCAUGCCCUCCUACAGCGAAGCGUGGUGCCAGGCAUGGCAAGCGCCCAGCUCAAGCCCCAGUGGAGAGUGACCCCCCAGUGGACAUGUGGCAUGAUGCAGACUGGGAAGAUGUGGAGCCUCCUCCUUUCAAGUUCUGUCCCAAGAGGACCCCAGACCCCCUGUUUUCUAACACUUCUACAUUUCCCCUAAAAGACAUGAGCUUAGUUUCAAUACAGUAUUUGGCAUUUGGAGAGGUAAGGAUCCUCCUUAUUGGUUAACUUGAAAUAAGUGUAAAUAUUAGCCUGAAAUGAAGUGAAAUUUAUAUUUACAAGGUCAAAACACAAAAAUACCACACACACAACCUGCUAUAUGGGGAAAAUCUUGUUUUUGUAUUUUGGAGAGCUUGGAGAGGUUAUGGACACUUGGAAACGCCUAUAUGCACCUAUUAGAAAUUGCUGUGUAGAACC